GUGUGUGCGUUCCACGGCUGCUGCUGAGGGUGUUGUGGUGUGUGUAUGUGUGUGCGUGUACGCGGCUGGGGAUCAUUGCGAAAGCGACCUGAUCAGACUUGUACAGUGUGUGUGAGCAACCCGACCCCGCUGCUUGCCUCUACCCAGAGCAAAAGAGAGAUGGGGACCCAACGCAUCGGGGGGAGGUGAACAGCAAAGGGGGGCCGGGGGGGAGGGGCAACAAGACAACACAUGCACAAACACAACCAGAGAUGGGACCCAUGUCUGCUGCACCUGGACCUGCUGCUGCCCAGGAAGAAACAACAAACAAGAAAAAAAGAAAUUGAAGAAAGAUUUUGGGGGAAGUGAAAAUCAUUCUUGAUCAUACUAAUAAUUUAAAAAGUCACUUCUCUGGUCCUCCCACCUGCCCCCCUCCCCAAAUAAAAAGGUCAGCAGAAGAAUUGGUCGUUGUUGCAAAGAGAUCCUAAGGAAGUCUGGGUUAAAAAAGAAACAGAAACACGCAUAUAGGGCUGGAUCGUGCACAGAGCGGCCAUCUCGGCUGGAAGCAAUUCUUUUGGGUUCGCAUCUAUGGAGUUACUUUGUAUCCACUCCUAAGAGGAGGGUGUCAUCUUCGGAUCCAGCAGGGGGGUUAUUUCCCCCCCCCCUUCGCAAUGAUACCAGAUUGAUCGUGCAAAGGGGCUUUCCUGAUCGUUUCAAUCGCUGGAGCAUCCCCCCCGCCCCCUCUCCACACUCCUUUUGUAACCUGAGGGACAGUCUCAACUCUUUGAGGACACUCUCCCGGCAAAGGCUACUUCCUACCAGUGGUUCGUGAGGCUGCUCCACGGCUGCUGAGUCCUGGUUCCUCCUCUCCAGGUCAAGAGGCUCACUCUCCGCUUCCUCUCUGGGUCUCCGUCUCAUAGUCAGAUGUUUCUUUACUCAGAUGGAAGAGAAACGACGAAAGUACUCAAUCAGCAGUGAUAACUCAGACACCACUGACAGUCAUACGACAUCAGUGUCAAGAUGCUCCAAAAUUCCAAAUACAAAAUCCAACUGGUCAAGACAGAAGGAGAAGAAGCCCUCUGAGGUUUUUCGUACCGAUCUGAUAACAGCCAUGAAAAUCCCUGACUCACAUCAGUUGAGUCCAGAUGAGUACUACAUACUUGCCGAUCCCUGGAGGCAGGAGUGGGAGAAAGGAGUCCAAGUUCCAGCGGGAGCAGAGGCGAUACCUGAACCAGUGAUUAGGAUUACGCCCCUGCUAGAGGAGUCUCCUCCACAGGUUUCCCCAAGCAGUCUGUCUGUCUCUGAGAUUUCGGAAGUCCACAGGACGUGCUCACAGGGAGUGAUCCGCUACGACCUGGAUGAGAUUGACGCUUGCUGGCUGGAGCUUGUGAACAUGGAGUUCAGGGAGAUGGAAAAGCCACAGCUGGAUGAGAUCACCUUGGAGAGAGUGCUGGAGGAGCUGGAGACGAUGUGCUACGAGAACAUGAACAUUGCCAUUGAGACGGAGGAAGGCCUGGGCAUUGAGUACGACGAGGACGUGGUAUGCGACGUGUGCCGGUCCCCAGAGGGAGAGGAUGGCAACGAGAUGGUUUUCUGUGACAAGUGCAAUGUCUGCGUGCACCAGGCUUGCUAUGGAAUCCUAAAAGUUCCCAUUGGGAACUGGCUUUGUCGAACCUGUGCCCUUGGAGUUCAGCCAAAGUGUCUACUUUGCCCGAAGAGAGGGGGAGCUUUGAAACCCACCCGGAGUGGGACAAAAUGGGUCCACGUUAGCUGUGCCUUAUGGAUCCCAGAAGUUAGCAUCGGAUGCCCAGAAAAAAUGGAACCCAUUACAAAGAUCUCGCAUAUCCCAGCAAGCAGAUGGGCUUUGUCCUGCAGUCUCUGUAAGGAGUGCACUGGAACAUGUAUUCAGUGUUCCAUGCCCGCCUGCAUCACUGCAUUCCACGUCACUUGCGCUUUUGACCACAAUCUGGACAUGCGGACUAUUUUAGCGGAGAACGAUGAAGUGAAAUUCAAAUCCUUCUGCCUUGAGCACAGCAGUGGGGCCACCAAACCUCCGGACGAGGCACGAGCAGAGGCAGACCAAGCCCAGCUGGACUUGGAAAAGGUCACGCUGCGAAAACAGAAGCUCCAGCAGUUGGAAGAGGACUUCUAUGAACUUGUAAAGCCCUCUGAGGUAGCCGAGAACCUGGACCUAACUGAGUCGCUGGUGGAUUUCGUUUAUCAGUACUGGAAGCUGAAGAGGAAAGCGAAUUGCAACAAGCCACUGCUGACACCAAAAACAGAUGAAGUGGACAACUUGGCUCAGCAAGAGCAGGAUGUGUUGUACCGACGCUUAAAGCUCUUCACACAUCUCAGGCAAGACUUAGAGAGGGUUAGAAAUCUCUGCUACAUGGUGACGAGGCGGGAGAAAAUGAAACACUCCAUUUGCAAACUUCAGGAGCAGAUCUUUCAUCUCCAGAUGCAACUGAUCAAGAAGGAUCUUUAUCCAGAACAAACUGGGAAGAGAACGAAGGGAAAGAAAAGUGACCCCAAAAGAAAAGGAAGAGAUGGUAGAAAAAGUAGUCCUGAGAAGAAAGAAAAAAGGAAACCAGGGAACGACUCAGUCUUGGGACAGCUGGGUUUGUCAACUUCCUUUCCCAUAGAUGGAACCUUCUUCAAUAGCUGGUUGGCCCAGUCAGUUCAGAUUACCACUGAGAACAUGGCAAUGAGUGAGUGGUCCUUGAACAAUGGCCACCAUGAAGACAACACUCCAGGCCUUUCAGAGGAGCUUUUACAAGAUGAAGAGACCUUGUUAAGUUUUAUGAUGGAUCAUUCCUUGAAGUCACCAUUCAAGCAUAGUGAUGCAACAAAGAAAGUUAAAAACAAAAUGAGAAUGAACACUAAGAAAAAACUGUCAAGAAAUGACUUGAACACAAUCUUCAAGAGUCACCAAGAGGAGGAUUCAAAUCAGUGGACUAACAACACAAAUAACUUAUCAGAUGAUACCACAGAGCCCUUCACCCAUGAUGCAAGACCUAGCAAAUCAGAGAAAGGAAUGGCGAAACUUCACAUGGACCGCAAAGGGGCCAGUGAAAUAAAAAAGACAGCUAAGAAGGGAUCUUCACAUCCUGUUCUAGAAGCAAAUGGUUCUCAUGCCUCAUUGUGUCUGAGAAGCUCCUUAAGCAAUGAGGAGGAGACAGUGAAUUGUACUCAGUGUGAGUCCAGUUCUCUGACUAAAGUGCCUGACUCGGUAGGUAGUCCGAAAACGGUAGUGAGGUUCAAAUUACCAAAGGAAAGCAGAGGGACUAGGAGGUCACAGAUCCAGAAGCCUGACACUGUUAACGGGCCUCCAGUCAGUGAAAAGGCAAAGGUCAUCUUGCAUCAUUUUGACAAUGAGACUGAUGGCUACUUUUCUGAUGCAGAAAUGAGCGACUCCGACAUGGAAUCCGGAAGUGGCAGAGUGCAACAUAACCAAUUAGAUUCAGGAAAUGAGGAUAUUGUCAGAAUGAGUAUUUUGGCAUCGUAACUCCACCAGAUUUACCAACUGUGACAAUUCUAUGAAGCCUAAACCCAGUAACAACUGCCAUGUUCAAUUUUUGCCUGGUAUCAUAACAAAGGGUUUUUUUAAUUUGUAUAUAUAGUUUAAAAUUCAGCACUGUUGUCUUUCUCUUCUCUAUAUGCCUGAGAUACAGCGUAACCAUCACCAACAUAGAUUACUGUAACAAUAGUUGUCCCUUCUUAGUUAACUUGCAUAUCCCAAUUAAAAGAAAUGCAAGCGUGCAUAUUAAGGUACUUGUGCUUGCAGGCAAUGAGCAAGACUUCCUAGAUUCUUAAUAAAGAAGUUUAAUUUGGCCAGUAUCCGUUGUUUCUGCAGGGAUGAUAGUUUUAUGGGCAUUAUUUAAAGACAGAUUUUAUGCUCUGCCUGGGAUUUUCGCCCUGUAUGUCAGGGUAUUGGGGUACUAUGAGAACCACCUACACACACAACUUACUGAAAAAGUCACUAUCUGUCCGUAUGUGCGCACGCACACAAGGAAGUAAAAUAAGCGUUACUAAAACAAAAAAAUUUAAAAAAAAAAAAGCACAAAGAGCUUAUUUGAAGACAGCACUUAUGAGUGGAGGAAAACAACAUUCUAUUUAUAUUUUAUUAAAUCCUUUGUUUUUUCUCACCUUCCAGUUUGAUCAGAAUCCGUCCCAGGGCCAAGAACCAAGAUUUAGCCCUGCCACUACAUCUGUCAGAGAUAGUCGGCAGCACUGUAAACAGUCAUCAAAGGCUUUCAAUAGAUAGAAGAGAUGCAUAUCUGUGUUAGAGCUGCAGCGCUAUCUACAAAUAUUCCUCCUGAUUAGCUCUGGGUAUUUAUUGAUGUAAUGUAAACCUUGGAGGUCCUUUGAAUCCUUUAAGGUUAUUUGAAAAUUUUAAGUGAUUUACUCAGGUUAAUUCAUUAGCCUUUACCAAAACAUUUAGGCCAAAAUGGAGCAGGAUGGAGAGGGGGAAAAUGUCUUCAAAAACAGGAGGGUUGUAAAAUAUCAGAUCAGUUUAUCAAAAGAGCUGAUGCCAGCACUUCAUCUUUAAUGGUUGAAAUUACAUUCAGCUGUGCUGGGAGCUGUACAUUCGAGCCCUGUGUGGGACUAUUUUUAAUUCUGGUUCCAUCCUGCCCUGCAACACCCACUCCCACUUGCUUCUGCUAUUAUGGCAGUGGGACCCUCGAGAUCCGAGUCCCACUGCAAGGUUCAGUACUAGUCCCGCGCAGGGCUCUAUUGUACAUGUAAACUCACCAUGCACAAGAGUGGACAAUUGGCCCUCAGUCUAAAUGCAAUGUCAUUUCCAGGAAAAUAAAUGAUUUGCCUUUAUCAUUUUUUUGUUCUACUAAAUACUGUAACUAAAACAAUAAAUGUAUCCCUCUCCAUCCUUUUUUUUAUUCUUUGAAUCCUAGUUACAAGCUGUUGACUUGAUGUAGGAGGGUGAUUCACAAAAGCUGACAUUAUAAAUAUUAUAAUAAUUUAAUGCAUAAAAUGUCCCCUAUAAGCCUUAAAUGUUGUUUAAAAGCCCAUGUUACCUGUGAGUCAGGCGAAUUUCCAUGUUUGCACUUGAAUGAACCAUUAUUUCAGUUUUGGCUUCAAAGGUCACAGUUAAAUCGUACUACAUGUUUUAUUGGAGUGACCCCAGUGUGAGCUCAGGGAACAAAAAACAAACAAACAAAAAAGGAAUUCACUGAAACUUUUUUCUGUUGUUUUUUAAAAAUAAAAACCUGGGACACUUCUGCAACUGGUAAAACCCAUCACUUUAAACAAAAAAACAGAUGAAUCAGUCAAAUAAUUUUGUGUAUGCCAAAGAAUAUUUUGACUGUAAAGCAGCACAGCCAGAAACCGGAAACAUGUCAUUUGGAAAAAUUGGAAGUUAUUUAGCAACAAAGGACUAGAGACACAUUCAUGACACAAAACUGAGGUAUUUAGCUUCCAAGCUUGCUGACGGGGAUGCUUCUGUCACUGAGGCUGCAUCCUGCUGUUUUGAUUUCUGAUGCUUUUUACUCAUUUGACUCUGAGCUUUCUUUAAAUUCUGUGACUCCGAAAAUUGACUAUCUUGGUGUUUUUAAAUCUUCAAAAGUCCUUAUCAAAUUAUUAUCAGAUUGCAGUGAAAUUAAUUAGAUUGGCUAAUUCCAAAAAAUCAACUCUAAAACCAAAUGUAUCUGGGUGUUUUCCUCAUUUGAUAAAUUUUAUAGAAAUUAUUAUCAAAAAAGAAGAGAAAAAAAGGAACCACCUGAAAACUUUGUUAUAAAUUAGCAUAAUCCUCUGAGGUUGGAAACUAAAGUCUGCUCAUUAAUUAAGGCUCAGAAUGUUCAGAUAAUGUUAAAUACAGUAAAUAGGACUUAGUUUAUCUUAUCAGGCUUGCUAGCUUUAGCUACCGUAUCCUAGUAUAAGAGUCAUAACAAUAAUCAAUAUGCUGCCUUUUAAUGAAUCUUGCUUCCGUGUGCUUCACUUCAACUAUGGUAAAAAAAAAAAAACAGACACAAAUCUCACUGUACACAGCUUCACUCAUUAGCUUCUGCAUUCCUUGCUUGCUCAGUACAGGAGAGCAAAAUGGGAUAGACUUUAAAGAACAACCAAAUGAAAGUGGCACCAUAUUUCUGUUGAUUCCGAUGCAGCACUGUGAUACACUCCAUUGUUACUGUGAUCAGGAAGUAGUUCAAAACCAAAAAAAAAAAAGUUCAAAACAGCCACAAGACUCUAGGCAUUGUGAUUUGUGAUCAGGGAAUAAAAUUGCACACAUAAGGGCCAAAUUUGGCCUGUUUGUAUGUAAAAUAAGAACAAGAGAAUGAGAGGAAACUAACAGAGAAGAGCUUGUCAGAAUAACUGGGAGAGAAGAAUCCAGAAGAGUAUUACCAGGCAGUGGCAGAACAUGUCUGGUGUACACACUCUAGUAGAGCACUCGGUACUGUAUGUAGAUGCUGAAUCCAUUGUCUUUUGGCUUGAGUUAACUUUUGAUAUUUUGUAUAAUUGCUGUGGGAUUUAUUUGAGUGGAUUCUUCGAUUUAUUAGAACCAGUAAUAAUAAUCCCUAGAGUGUCCUGGUUUAACAGAAGAGCCCUAGAGUUAAUUUGAGGGCUAAGGCAUGUUCCCAGCUGCACCCAUACUGCCCCAUUGAUGUCCAUGUACAGGUGCCCAUACAGUAUUCUACUCCAUACAUUUAGUGGGGGCCACACUAAAAUAGACUUACAGAGGCUGUUUUGCUCAAAAUGUCUAGGAAAUCUCCAGACCUCCACUGGCCGCCUGUUACUUCCCAGGUCAUGAGAAUUGACAGCAGGCUGGCUGGCUAACAAGGAAAGAGGUUAUCAGGGAAGAGGUGGUGGCUUCCAGCAGGGGAAAGGUAGGACAGAGAUGUUCACUGUGGGCAGGAGGCCAGAUCUAACCCCACCUCCAAUCAGGACCAAGGCCAUUUCACAGCCAUUCCAGUGGCCCCACGAAAGCCCUGGAAACUUAGCUACUAUAUUCAGUCAUUAGACACCUGGUUCCUAAGAAACACUCCACACGCCCUUUGUUCCUAUGCCACCUACUUAUUUCAUAACAGAAAUGUUAAUAAUUAAGGAAAGAAAAAUGUACAAGGAAAAUAUUUUUGAUGUUUUGUAAAUGUAUUUUGAAAUGAUUAGAAAGAAAAAAAUAUAAUGGUUUAUUUUAUUAAACAAAUGUCUUUAAGAUGAUAUAUAACUGCAGGAGUUGAUAUUUGCACUGUAAAAGGGACAUGUUUCCUUUGAAAAGCACCACCACACUUGUGGGUUAAUGUGAUGAUGCACGUAGGCUCUGAUCAACGCUCAUUUCUAAUUCAUAGAGAACAACCCAAAUUAGAGUUAAAGCAUUGGUGCCCGGUGGCGUUUCCUGAAGACAAUUCUGAGUUCCCACAUUCAUUUUUCACCCCAUAUAAUUUUGCUCUUCUGGAUAAGCUGUAUUUGGGAUAUUUUGCACCUUUAUUUAUUUUUAUUUUUAAAUGUCUAAUAUUUGGAUGAUACUUUCCCUCAAAGCACAAUAGAGAAUUAGCCAUUUCAACACAAGGGCGAGAGAACAGAUUUCUCUCACUUUUUGUAUUGUUAAUAUUUUCAUGAACUCAUCCUUGUGUUAUCCACAUCAGCCUAAGGACUGGCAACUCGUCAUAAAGGAGCUUCUCUGUCUAUUGCCAGGGCAGUGUGUUAAUUUUGGUUGUUCUUUAAGGAAAUUCCCAUGUACUUUGCUCCAUUCCACACACGAAACAGACCCGCUUCACAUCAGUUACAGGAAACGAUAUGAAUGUCGCGGGAGGAGAAAUCCUUCUGUUUUCUUUGUUUCAAAGAACGUGAUGUGCCAUUUGUUAAUAUAAAAGAGAAAUAUUGAAAUAUAUUGAAAAGAGCAAUUUUAAAUUAUUUUUGGCUUAUGUUGCAAUAUUUAUUUUCUCGUAUUAGAAAUUCCUUUGUAGAGAAAAAAUGUAUUUUUCAUUAAUGCAAAAACCUAUUUCUCCUUUUUGUACAUUUUCCAUGUUAGUUAAUCCUUAAAGCAAUAUAAUGUAUCAAAUUUGUUCCGUGUGAGACUGUAUUAUGCAUGCUGUUUGUGUUGCCUUGCAAUAGCUCUGUCUGCCAUUCUUUUCAUCAUGUUUAGAUUUAGUGUAUGCUUUAAUACACAUUGGGACCAUGGCCCAUUGCUUAUGAAGAAAACUUUGCAUUCCUCAAUGUGUUGGCAAAUGCAGUCAAUAAAGCAGUGUUUUAUGUGUA